GGAAAAAAGAAAUAUUCGAUAAUGCUUCCUUUCGAGAAGAAGUUUUAGAUUAUGAUAGAUAUUUUCUCGUGAAUGAGUCUAUAUGUAAAUACGAUUAUGGUUUCUUUCCAUUUUGGUAUAGUAUAUGCAUGAGUUCUUUAUAAAAUACGUAUGAUUCACACGUUUAUUAAAAGCCGUUCGCAUAUCAGUGAAAAAAACUGGAAAACGAAUCUAUCAGUUUGGCAUAAUUCAAACACGAGUCACGUGUAUUAAAUAUCAUCGAGUUUAAGAAAUCAUCGAUAUGCUCAUAAAUUUAUUUGUUUAAUAAAUAAAAAGCUGGAUCCAAUUCAAAUGUAAAUAAAAUGACCCCCAAUCGUAAUAAUUAAAAUAGUAAAUACAAGUGUUAAGAUGAAUUGAUGAUAUUUGAAGGAAAUAAUUGAGAGUUCUUAAAAAGAAAAAAACGAUAUAAAAAUUAAGGAAAUAUUAGGAAAAAUAAAUCUCCCUGAAAGAUCAAUGAGUAUUAUUUAUAUAUUUAUGGUAGUUUAUAGUUGCAAAAACGACAUUAGAAUAUUAGGAAAGCAUAAACACGUGGCGCAACAUCAAACAUUGUUCGUUCUAAACCUAUGAAUUGAAAUCGUGCAAACCGAUAGGUAGUUUCCGAAGAAAUCUAAUUCUAGAUAAUGGGACGAACUAAACAAAGUAAGAAGUAUCACGAAAUUGACGUAAUCGAAAGAGUCCUCUCGUGUCCAGAACAAUCGAAUAGACGAAAACUUCGUGAUAUUCAGCACGUACGCAUUCAAUAAAUUCCUAGAAUAACGAUGUUGGUUAAUUAGUUGAAAAAAUAACAAAAAAAAACCGUACGACGAAAAUGGUUUUUAUUGCUUUUAUUUUUGUUUUUUUUCUUUUACGUCUUUGUCUCUUAUGGUGUUUAUUUUCCAUCUUAUAUGCUACGAAGUAGAUGUUCAAAACUUUAUCGACGCAUAAAAUUCUGACAUAAGAGUUUCGUUAUUCUUACGUAAAUAAACAAAUCCAUACAAAAACACAACGUUUUCUCUUUGAAGACAUUUUUUCUUCCGAGUUUUGACUCUCUCUCUCCCAUGUCAGAUUAGUUCGAGCGAUACAAAACAUUACAACGUUCCUCUCUCUCUCUCUCUCUCUCUCUCUGCUAAUUUUCCUCAUCACUCGACGAAGGUUUCGUCAAUUAUAAAUUUCUAUAGAGAAUCUCACGAUAGGAAAUGAACGUUUAUCCGACAAGAAAUUCAAGCUGGAUUAGAAAAGAACAAAAAAUUUGUUUCAACGUAAUGCAGUAUUGUUUUUGAACGUAUCCACCCGAAACGAAAAAAAAAUCCAAUUGUUUUAAGAGACUAACCUGACUAAUAUACACAUGCAUAUACUAUACUAUUAACGAAACAAUGGUUUCAUGUAACACGCGUUCGUGUCAAUAACGUCUGUAAAGUUACUAAUAACAACAAAAAAAUCAAUAGGAAAAAUAAAAAGAAAGAGAACAAAAAUGAUCUCUAGACUUGCAAAAAGGAGAGUAUUGUCAAAAACGUAUAGGUGAUACAACAAGAGAAAAGACGGGAUUACCUUUAUACAAUUUCCGUGUAACUCCAUGAGCAUGAAAGAGAGAGAAAGAGAAAGAGAAAGAGAAAGAGAAAGAAAGAGAGAAAUAGGUGGCUGAGAAUCGCGUGUGACGCGCACGAGCGCGUAGCACGCACACGCUCGUCGCGGAUUAUUCGUAUAGUAGGGCUGUCGUGAAAAGUAAAACGCGUCGGACUCUUGGUAGGAUGCGAUGUUACACACAUAUGUAUUUACACACACACACAACGCGCGCGUUUCGCUCGCGCGCAUUCACGGGUAGACGGCGAGAGGGUGGGUGGAAGGCAGAGGGUGAAGGAGAAGCUGCACAGCUCGCUCACGAGACGAAGCGAGACGAUUUGAUCGGUAAACGCGUGGAAGAGAGAGAGAGAGAGAAGGAUGGGCGCCGAGCCGGCCGGGGGACGAGAACGGCGGGCAUCGAUUGGCGCGCUAGCCGUGACCCCCACCAUGCCGCUUUCGCUUUCACCCAAUGAGGCCUCACUUUCGCGCUCGCCCGCGCUUCGAGCCACGGCAGCCGGCACGCUGUCGUCGCCGGUACUCUCAGUGAUUCUGGUGCACCCUAACGUGCGAGCGGACGUGCGACCGAACGUGCGAGAGUACGUGCGGUUUUUUUUUAAAAACUCUCGUCAUCAUUUCUCUGAGCUACGCACAAGAUAGAUAGAUAGAGAGAGAGAGAGAGAUAAAGACAAAUAAAAAGACAUAAGAAGUAACGAAAAAAAAAAAAACACAUAAUAUAGAGACUUAUCAUUACGUUGGUGGUGAUUUUCUAUCAGAAGUUUUGCUCGACGAUGAUAUCCGUCGAAGGCGCGAAAAAUUGAUUUGAAAGUGUGGGUGGUAGAGAAAGAAAAAUUUAUCCUUUGGAAAUUGCGUUUUAUCGAACGUCGCGCGCGCCCCUCACCGGUGACCCUGACACUCGGACACACCGGGCACAUACGGCGCGCACGUCGUCUCUUGUACUCUGCAGCAGGCGGGAGAAGAACAAGAGGAGGAAGAAGAAAAGGAAGAAGAGAGAAGACAGAAACAGCAGCAGCAGCAACAUCGAGGCGGCCACCAGUCAGACAGUCAGUCAGUCAGCCAGCCAGCCAGCCAGUUCCGAUCACACGUUCCAUGGUACGCGAUCAUUGUGAGAAACUUGUCCAACGGUGUUCCUUGUCAUAUUCGAUCGAGCCAAUCAUAGGACAAACAUACAUAAAGUAAUUCGUUUUAAAUCUAAUCUGAAGUUAGUGCAUUUAAUAAUCGAGAAAAAGCAUUUAAAUAUUAAAGUACGCGUAGCGUCCACUCGUUUCAACGGUGUCGCCUCGAUCGAGUUGACCUUGACUUUGAUUCUUCGUCGAUCUUCGCGAUCUCGUUCUGCUGAAUUGGUCGAGCCGAGUCGACUCGUAUACCGGUUUAUGGGGGUGGAUGAAAUAUCCCUGUUUUCGAGUUCUCUAACUUCUAAAUAACAUUCCAAAAGUUGACGCGCGUGCUUGUAAGCCGGUCGGAAGGAGAAGAAAGAGACCACGUGACACUCAUCCUACUUCUCGAACGUAGAAACGCGAAACGGGCGGGAAAAUGACUGAGUGAUCCAAACGUCGAUUACUCGAAUGUUUUAUAAUAUCGAUACGUCGUGUUUUUCAACGUCGUUGUUUGACGAUAAGAAUCAAAUAAAACAGGGUAAAAUUUAGGACGAAGGAAGGUAUUGGAAUUAGAGGGAGGAAGAAAAGAAGAAAAAGAAAGAGAGAGAGAGAGAGAGAGAGUGAGGGAGACAGCAGGCAGACAGGGAGACAGGAAGACAGGAAAAUCAAGAAAAACGGCUGCCACGGCUUUCGAGAUCGGUUGUUUAAGAGCCAUGGCCCCUCGGCGCCACGGCAAUGGUCACGCUGCUGGUGGCGGUGGCCUCGUAGACAACAACAACGGCGGCAUAGGUGCGCCCGGAAGUAACGACGCCGUUCAAAUGGAGAACAAUUUGGUUAUUGGUCAGAACAACAACAAUAACAACAACAAUAAUAAUAAUAACAAUAAUAUCAACAACGGUAUUAACAAUCAAGGUACUACUCGUUGUUGCACCCCGACAGGGGAAUGCUUGCGCAGUGAUUCUCUGAUACGAAUGAAUGCCCUGCACGACGCGGUUAAGGUCAUUUGCAAUAACGAGAACUGCCCGGUUGGACAGUUCAUGCAUCGCGAGUGUUUCGAUGCGUGGGAGCAAACGAUCCUGACCUAUCUUAAAAGCUGCGGACGCGCAAGAAGCUGGUCCGAGAGACAACGUCAUCAAAAUCUCUGGACGAAGAAAGGCUACGAUCUUGCAUUUAAAGCCUGCGGAUGCCGGUGCGGACGUGGCCAUCUUAAGAAAGACCUCGACUGGAUGCCACCGGGCUUAGGUAACGCUCCGGGCAAUCGUCACGACGAGAACGAAGCUAAGAAGAAAAAACGACGCAAUCGGCAAAACACUCGGCCGACUUUAGCCGUAUCGGCCGGUCCACCCAAUCACUCAAGUCACGUAGUUUCUGCGAACGGACGUGGCACCACCGAAGCACAACUCAUCGAAUCCGGACGCGGCAGGGCCGGUUCUCUUUCAUCGAGCACCGGUUCGAGUUCACCACCGGCCACCAGCGAGCCCAGUGUCAGUCCUCUUCAUCAACCCCAGGCCAUCGUCAAGAAGAAGAGUAAGAUUGACUUUUUUGCCGAUCGAGCAAGGCAAAGCUGCGGUGCCAAUGGUAUAUUUUCUCGUCGUUUGGACUUCAGCGCAUUUAACAGCUUGCCCAGGACCAAAUUGAACUCCUAUCAUAUUAAGGUAAAUAAGGAACAAGGAAAAGUGGCAUUUCUAUCAACACAAAGUCUUCUUUCUUUUUUUUUUAUUCUCUUCCUCCUUGCUGGAAGAACGUGUCAAGUUAAAAAAGAAGUGAAAGGAAAAGUACUUUUCUACUUUUCUUUUUUUCCUUUUUGUCAACGGGAUGGCAGACGCUUUUCUUUGUGCUCCAUCUUCUUUGUUGCAAGUAAUAGUAAUAGUAAUAGUAGUAGUAGUAGUAGUAGUAGAUGUCUUCGUCUUAGCGUAGGUGGUGUGUCGGUUUGAGCUGAGUUAAAGCGGAUUUUAUCGCAUAGCGUGCCGACUUUUAUCGAAAAUGCCGUUCUCGUCGUCCUUAACACCCCGUUGGGGACGAAGAAGCCGUGAUUUAUACGAGGGUGAUCGUCCGUCGUAAGCCUCUCGCGUUAGAAUCGAUCGAAGCACGCGAGCUUCGAGGGUGGGUGGUAGUAGUAGUGGUAGGCAUAAUAGUAGUAGUGCUGGUGGACACGUGAACGACCAACUGAGAGUCAAAGAAAGAAAGAAAGUGAGUGAGAAAGGGAUAAAAAGAUUGAGGGUGGGUUCUGGUCACGUCGCUACGGAAUUAGAUCGUUCGGAGUAUUUUUUUCUCUCUCUCUCCCUCUCCCUCUCUCUCAUUCUUCCAAUCGAGAUUUCGGGGAAACAAUUUACGCGAAUCGUGUUCGGGAGAAUUAGCUUUGAUUAACCACCGAAAUAAUCGUAUUUUCAUUAGGGAACCUACUCUACUCUACUACUGUGCCGCUUGUUUUCCAUCAUCUAGUUAAAUAUUUGCGAAAUACAAGCGCAACAGUAGGAUGAUGAUGAGGGGGAGGAAAAAGAGGAGGUGGAGGAGGAUUGUUCGUUUGGCAUCUAGGAAAAUGAUAAGCGUAGCUCGCGCUUGCUUUGAUUAAUUUAACUAUUUAUAAUCGCUUUGAAGUGGCCGAUAAGAAAGCGUUACAAACUCUCGUAAUAUUUUACAAGCGGCGGCCUAAUUAAAAAAUGUUCGCGCUUUGUCUUUCGAUAGCUUUCAGGGUGAUAUAGAUAAAGAAAAAAAGAUAGAGAGAUAGAGAGAGAUCAAAUAUUUGUAUUAACAAUAAUGAGAUUUAAUGUAAGAAAAUUUAGAUUUAUUUUAUGCAUUGUGCGAAAAUAAUACGUAAUAAUAUAACUUCAAGUAGAAAAUCGAGUUUGCGUAUCGUUAAUAGUCAAUGACGAAUGAUAAAUACGUGAGACGAGGAUAAAAAGAUAAAGAUAACAAAAAAUAAUAAUAAAAAGAUUGGCAUUCGUAAGAAUGAAAAAAAAAAAAAAAAGAAUCUUUCGAUGUGUGUACUACGCCAGUGUAAUUGCAAGAGACAAACGGCAACGACCGACUUCAAGGUAGCAAAGCAAGCAACCAGUGUGUAGAGCUUAUGUAAGUUGUUUGGAGGUCUGUACAUACUCUAGAAACCAAGUAGGUGCAACAUAUGUGGAUAGUAGUUAAAUUGUAUGUGUGUAUAUGUGUGUUAGAAAAAGAGAGAGAGAGAGAGAGACAUAGUUUAUUUAUGAAAGAGAGCGAAAAAGAUUGAACGAGUUUACGUUAACCAUGCACAUCCACGUACUUCUUGGCUAUUCAUUUCUUCUACCUUCUCCCCCUCACGCCCCCCCACCCUCACUCACCAAACGAUUCUUUAAGAAUCAAGUCGAUAAACGUAGUUUAUGCAAAAUUCUGAUUUAUCGUUUUGCCGUCAUGUAGGUUAGUUAUUUAUAAACGACAAAGUACCUUGAUAUUCUUAGUGUUGAGAGAGAGAGUCUCUCUCGGUAUUUUGCCGUAUGAUUCUAUACUUUAUCUUUAAUGAUAUAGCAACUUUUGUAUCUGACGUUAUAUCUUGUGAAAAAUUCUUUCUCUCUCUCUCUGUGUCUCUCUCUCUACAUAAUUAGCUGUGAAUUAUAAUUACAUUUAACAGCAUAACGAUUUAACUGUAUACCUGAUUUAAUUAUAUAAUAAGAAACUACAAAAAAGAAAAAAAGAAAAAAAUUCCGGUCAGCAUCGUUAACAGGAAUAAUUAAGCGUAGGAAUGCUGCUGGUGGUUUUGCGCAUAUUUUUGUUGAGAUAAUAGACGAAGAGAAACAAUACGCGCUCUAAUAGGGUAAUACACACUACAUACAUGCGUGUGACGAACACAUACAUACAUAUAUACACUUAUAUACACAUACAAGUAUCUAGCGAAGAACGAUUUUCGUAGCGUUAAUAGCUUUCACGCUAGAAACACACGUCGUGGUUUAAUUUACAGGAAAUCCUUGAGUGGCCAUCGAUUUCCAUUUAACCAGGGUGAUCCUCGUUCUCGUAAAUGCUAGCCGAACCUAACCCCACCGGUGGUGGUCUAAUUACUUCGCGUGUACUGCGAGAUGCGAUUUACGUGAACCGCAAUAUUCUCUAUCUCUCUCUCUCUCACACACACACACACACACACUCUCUCUCUCUAUCUUGUCUCUCAUACAUAUAUGCGCGCGCGUGAACACACGUGUUAUAUGGAACCACGCACUCACAUAUAGACGCCUGUUACAUGCACGUUCUGAUUCGUAUGUGUCCUCUCUUUAGAGUUUCGUUACUCUCAUAGAGAUUCUCUCAAGGUUGUUGUUGCAUCUUUCAGUCAAACAGUUAAUUGAAAUUUUAUCGUCUUUCUCACGACAUGCGAAAGAUUAAAUUCCGCAU